CAUGGAAAAUGUCUUCCCAAAUAUUUUUGUUGUGUAAAAAUAUAGAUUACUCAACGAAACACGUUAAAUAUGUUGAAAAUCAAGGAAUAUUGUUCUAAGUAUGACGAAAUAUACUGAUAUACCUGUGGCACUUAGAGAAUGACACCCGAAUGAGCGGAAUUUGCUGUUCUUUAUUCAUUCGUCAUCUGGUCGAUCAGAAGACUGAAUUUGUAAACAUAACAGAUCAAGGUGAUCAAGUGCAACAGAUUGAUCCAAGAUGUUGUAUGUCUUCCAUGUUGAUACAGGAACCAUGAUGACCUUUGACAUGGGUCUCCUAGCAGGAAGUGUGGCUGAUCUACAAAAGGUGAUCAGUCAGGCAUGUCACAUAUCAGAGGACAAGCAGGUGUUACUAAUCAGUGGAGGAGAAAGUCUGGACCCCAAUACACAUGUCCACAAAUACCACGCUGGCACUGAUACAAACCCUAUCUAUCUGUUCAGCAAAAUGGCGAUAGAGGCAGCAACCCCUCCAUCACCAAGUGUACACUAUGGUUCAGAUGUGGAUAUUCCUAGUCAAGUGGAGGGUUCACUCCUUCUGCCUCCAACCUUUGGGACCGUCGUGGCAAGAUCUCAACUGGCAAUACAAAUUCAUGAUGUUGACAAAGAGGAAGAGGAGGCCUGUGAGAAAUUGGUUCAUGAUCAACAUCUACAACAACAAGGCUGGGCAGCUGUCGUUGCCAACUUAGAAGACAUCACAUGUGCCCUUAAACACAGAUCAGAGAUCUUCACAGAGGCUUACACCAGCUAUAUUUCUUGUCGUGAGGAUUAUUUGUCAACGCUGUCCAGUGUGGCAUCCUCACUAGAUCUUCUGUCUAAGAUUCCUGUUCUGCCAUGUCUUCUGCAAACUGUGGAGGACUCUUCCAUAUCAAAUAAAAACUUGUUUGAUUGGAUAAGCUCACAGGACCCCAAGCACAGUUUACACGACAUGGUUCACCAGUGUUUGAAGGCAACAGAACAGCUGGAUCAGCAGGUACUAGACAACCUUAUGUCAGAGGUCAUGGACACCUUUAAACAGGUGGAAAACCCCAGCAUGAAGGAGGUCAAGGGCAUUGAGGACAGGUUGUACGGCUUGGACCAGAUCUUAAAUGGAGCAAAGAAGACUGUACAGGAACAAAGUGAUCUGGCACAGGCAUUAUACCAGAACCAGACACGGGUCAGUAAACUAAGGGACACCUCCAUCCUGCCAGAUCUCUGUAACAGUCACAAAAAACAGUUAGUGGUGAUGGUCAACAAUCACAAAAAGCUCCAGGAAACCAAGAAAAAGUGCAAGAUGGCCAAGGAAGAGCUGUCUGUCAAUCUUCACACAAGACUCAGAUGGGUGAUGUUGGUGGAAAAGAGGAUCUGUGAUGUAGAUGGAAAGUUGAUGAUUUACCAUGAAAACCUUAAGCGAUUAAGGAAGAGGUUGGACAUUUUAAAACAGAUCCAUGAAGCUCCACAAGUGUAUGCUAAACUGGUGGUGGAGGUGGUUCGACGAAGGAAGUUCUCUACUCAGUUUUUAAAGUGGGCAUCACAUUUAGCAGUGGAAUCACAGAAUGUUCAUGAAGAUGAAGUAAAGAGGAGAGAAUUAUUCCAAACAGAAGUUGGUAACCAUUUCCUUCAGUCACUUUUCAAUGGACUGGAAGAUUCUCCUGCAUCUUUUGCCACUGAGGAACCAAAGGCAUUUGAUCAGAGUCUGCCACCAAUUACACCUGAUGAUGUGACCAUGCUCAGAAAUCAGGUUCCAGAACUUGCUCAUAAUCUCCAGGUUCCUUUGGAUGUGUCAUUCUUAAUGAAGGAUGUAUUCUUUGAGAGGUCAUUAUUCAAGUUUGGUGAAGCUGCUGCAAAGGGAGGCACUGGGCAUGGAUUGGCUACCUCAGACAUAGAGAUAAUCAACAAUUGUGAUGAAGAAGAAACCUUUCUAACCACAGAACAAAGUCUUUCAUUGGAACAGCAGGUGGCUAGCAGUGAGAUGGAUCCAAAUCUCCUGCUGCAGAUUCAGAAGGAAAGUUGUACUGACAAACCCGAACUAUUAAUGCCUAAAAGUCUUUCAGAAGAACUGACAAAACAAAUGAAAAUUAUCAGUAAAGACAAAUUACCAAGUGCUACAAGUGUAGACAAUUUUAACAAAACUUAUCCAGGGGAAAGUGCAAUAAAAUGUGAGAGUAAUGAUAGUGCCAAAAAAUCUGUGUGUGGUUUGGAAGCAACCAGUGAAUCAUUUGGGGCCUCAACUUCUUCAGGAGAGCAGUUAAAAUCUACAGAGAGUGAACUGUCUGGACAAGACAAAACCUCCGAGAGUGUCCCAUCAGGGAAGAAGAGGGUAAGGAGACAAACUGACCCAGACAUGGAGACUUCACAGGAAUUCACUACAGCAGACUUCUACAUUGAGGAUUCCAUGCCUUCUUCAAUUGCUGACUCACCACCUAGUAAAGAAGACAAACCAAAAGCAAGACCAUUACUCCCUGUGGAGAAAUCAGAGGAAGUGAAAAUAUUGAAGGAUAGAGUUCAAACACUGACCCAAGAACUGGAAGAGUCCAAAGGCAAAGUGGACAAAUUUGUGAAUUUUUCAAGGGAGGCAUUAGAACUUAAGUGUGAUUUGUUGCAGUUAUCAACCUGUGUACGAGAAAAUAAGAAUGUUAUGUCAUCUGAAAUUGCAAAUACUAAAGACACAUUGAAAGAUAGUCUUGUUUCAUUUCAACAAGAUCUUGACAAAGCAAAGAGGGAGUUAGAGGAAGAGAGAGAAAAGAGUAUUGAAAAAGAGGAAACUAUUGCUCAGUGUUGUGAAAAAGAAAAAGUGCUCAAAAAACAAAUCUCUGAAAAGGAGUCUGCAAUUUCCAGCCUAAACAAUGACAUUGAAAAUCUAAAACAGAAGGUAAUGGACUUGGAGACUAAAAUUUUGAAAGAAAAGGAAAAUUUUGAAAGAGAGAAACAGGAAUUGGAAGAGGAACAUAAAAAUAAGAUUGAAGAAAUUAAUAAAGAAAAUUCUCUUGAGCUAGAAGUUGAACUGGAUAAGAUAAGGGCAGAGUAUCAAGAACAAGUUUCAGAACUGGAAAACAAAUUAAUUGAUCGGGAAGCUAUUGAAGCCAAACUUACUGAAAAAGUUAAAAGCUUAAGCACAGAAAAAAGUAAAGUGGAAGAAAAAUUAUUUUCUCAAUUUCAACAGGAGAAAAAUGACAUCACAAAAAUACUUCAGGCUGAGUUUGAAGAAAAACUGAAAAAGGAAAUGGAUGAACACAGAAUGUCACUGGAAGCUAAACACAGAGAGGAAACUGAGUCUAUACAGAGAACACACAUUGAAAGGUUAGAAAGUGAGUUGAAGGAACAAAAGGAAAAGUUGAUGAAGGAAAAGGAUGAUGAACUAGAAGUACUGUCUCAACAACUGAAUACAGAAUUUGAUAAAUCAUAUCAAGUAUUAAAAGAAACCUUAGAGGAAGAUCAUAAGAAAGCUUUAGGAGAUUUCAUGUCACAAAGUGAACAGAAGUAUCAAGAAGAAAAACUCCAUAAUGAGGAAGUAGUAAAGAAACAAAUUGAUGAACUUCAAUUAAAACUAAACUUAUACACAGAGAAAGAGUAUGAUCACAAGGAAUCACAGACCGCUAGCAAGGAGAGUGUACAACAGGAAGUCCAAACAGAUGUGAAAGACACAAGUCAAACAGAGAUUCAAACCGAACAGUGGCAGGGAAUAGAGAUGAAGACACAGACAGAUACUACACCCGUGACUCAACAGGAGGCUCAGACAAGCCUUCUGUGGACUGAAGGAAUGGAAGUAGAUACACAGACAGAAGGGGUGACAGUGGUUCAGCAGGAGGCCCAGACUCACUUGACUAUGGAGGAAGGGAAGGAGAGGAAUACACAGACAGAUACCCCAGUGAUUGUUCAGCAAGAAAUGCAAACAAGCCUCACUAUGAAUCCUGAAGGAAUGGAUAUAGAAACACAAACUGAAAUCAAAACUCAAAUCCCUCAAGGUAUACAAACAAGUGUGUGUUUGGAGAAAAGUGAGGAGGGAACUGAAAUGGAAACUCAGACAGACAUUAGACAAGUCCAGCAACAAGAGAUUCAAACAUCACUUGAGGUGACAAAUAGUAGAGCAGAGAGUGAGAAAGAAAAGGCAAAUCAAGAAAAGGAGAUUCAGACAAGUCUGGGUGAUGGUGAGACUGUCAUUAGUGCCCAAGAACAUAGCAACCAGAUGGCAUUUUUGCAAGUGAGGCUUACAGCUGAAAAAGAUAAGGCUCUAAUAGAAUUGAAACAAAAGUAUGAAAAAGACAUUUCUGAACUGAUUGGCAAGCUUGAAAAAGAAAAGUCAGAUUCUCUAACAGCCAUCCAGAAUAGUUUACAGGCUGAAAAACAGGUUGCCUUUAAUGAAGCUGUAAUCAAACUGGCUCAAGAAAAAGACAAAGUUAUAGAAGAUCUCAGAAAUAAGGAAAAAGAGUUUCUGGAACAGCUGUCCACUGAUCAAGAAACUAUUCUGAAGCUGAAUGAGGAAAAAAGUAAAUUAGAGGACAUUAAGACAAGGGCAAUGUCACACCUUACAGAUAAGGAAAGAGAGAUAAAAGAAUAUAGUGCUGCUAAGCGUCAAAUAGAGGAUGAACUAGCCAUGACACGUCAACAGUUGUCUCAGUAUCAGUCACAAUUACAGGCCAUGUCAGCUGUCUCUGUACCCUCAGUGAUGGAGAUUAGUCAAACAAAUGAAGCUUCCCGUAUUACAACAUUAGAAGAUGAGUUAAAGAAUAAAUCUGAGAAGAUUGUGGAAUUACAGCAGAAAAUGAUGGAGAUGUCAAUGACUGCUAGCACAAGGAAUAUUGCUGAAGAUAAAGUAUCUAUUACUAGCUGUAAUGUUGGAGAUCUGGCACUGUUCUGUUUAGAUGACAGACAUGACCAGUAUGUUGUGUUCACUAUAGGAAGUACCCUUCACUUUCUUCAUACAGACUGCCAGGAAACUCUGGGUCUUAGACCAAAUCCCGGUGAAACAAAGAAAUCAUGGGUACUGGCAGAAAUUACAGAGAAGGAGUACUGUCAGGCUAAAAAGCCACAGAACAGAUUCAAGGUACCUGUUGGGACCAAGUUCUACAGAGUGAAGGCAAAGCCUUGGAGACCUGACAGUGGGGCCAGAGGGAUCCCAUCAGCAGCCAGCACUUGAUGAUAAAUAUAUCAUGUAGACAUUCUUCUGAUCAAUAAUACUGGACAAUACCAUAAAACAUUUAUGUAUAAUUUAUUUACUAUAAUGUAAUUAUAAACAGUAUCAACAACAAACAUAUACAUGUACAUACUGAAAUGUAUUGCAAUUUAUCACAAAAUUGGAUGCCCAUCUGUCCAAACUAAAUACAUUUCAGGUCUGUAUAGGCCCAAAAUUGCCAGGAAUGUUUUUUUUAACUUAAUUUUUUUAAGUUUAGAUUACAAAAUUAUCUGGGUCUUUUAACAUGCCCAUUUUCUGUGUGAAUAACAGAAUGUUGUCUGUGGCAGUGUGAUGCUUUCAAGAGAAUUCAUAUUGAAUAUUAAUACAUGUAUCACAGUAAAGCUUGUUUGCUUCAUUCAGCAAUUAGAUCAUACAGGAAUACUAAUUACACAUUCAAUAAAAUACAGACAAGUUUUCCCAAUUCAUAUUUCUUCCAAUUAUUGGGUAUAUUUUACAUGUAGUACCAGUAUAUAUAUGUAUAAAUAUUUUUUUUUUGCAGAAACAGAAAUCAUAGCAGACAUAAUAUUGUGAUAUACAAUUUACAAUGAUUGUGAUUUUCAGAUUUACGACUCUCAUGCAAGAGGAUAUUUGCAUAAUGUGUUGUUAAGGAAUAUAAAUAAAACUAAAAUACAUUUU